AUGGCAAAUCCGCAUUCCGACCGAGGCAAAAUGACAUCAACUGGCGGAAUCAAAGAGAAGACCAGGAAUGCCAACGUCAUUCCUAACGAGGAAUCUGGUCCAGCCGUUGUCCAAUUGAUCCGUCGUUUGAUCGGUCAUGGUCAUGGUCAUGGUAGUGAGAUCUCGCUCAAGCCGGACAGUUGA